AAUGUAUUUUGUCACUAAAAGUCGAACAAAAAUUAUUGCGUUAAGGAAAAAAUGAGGACAAACCAAGCGAUUAUCAUAUGUCAAUUUGUCAAACUACGAUAAUGACAGGGCCUGCACACGCUGGAAAAUCGAUUUUAUAUCAAUGUCAUCUAUUCCCCUGUUGACGUAAAAGUAGGAUCGCGAUCUUGAAAUUGAAAUGACCGCGGUAGUAGAAGCGUGUGAAAGGAAAAAGAAUCGAGUCGGACUAACGAGGAAUCGGUGAUGUCGAAUAGUGAAAAAGAUUCGUGGGCGGAACUGUACGUUAUCGCCGUUUCACACAUCGACACAUUCGUCUUUCGUUCUUGUCCUAUUUCUAUUUUUUCGGAAACUACAAUUCCAAAUAGAGUGUCGCGACUUGUAUGAUUGCACCGCGCGUUUCUCUCGAAUGAACAUUUAUUUAACGCGUUAUACGACAUAAAAAUGAGCGGUCCUGUUGGUUCCGAUUGGUGAGAUCUUUGACUCGCUCGAGGACAAUUGUCGUUAAUUCUGCUUUGUGAACCAAGGAACAUGGUGGUCUGUGCGUUAUCGAAGGAAAAAAAAUCUCGUCACCGACUCGUCGGAGGUCGUUUGUACGCCGAGCACGUGCUUCUCCUUCUAGAAACGAAAGAAUUGACCUAAAAUAGCUGUCUCGAUUCGCGACGAAACUAUGGAUUUACCGCCUGAUUUAAGAACGUUUCACCGGUCAAGGGACAUUAGGACCGCGAAAGAUUUAGCGACUACGGAUUCCACGAACGAGGAUAAAGCGAGCCACUCCUACUGCAAAUUGACUUCUUUGAUCUGUCUGGAAAAGAAGGAAAGUCCAGUGAAUCCGUACAAUCGGGUGGACUGGACGAAAAUGAACUCAAAAUGGCCACUUCCGGACACAGACGACAAUGAGAUCAAUGCUGUUAACAGCCUGCCACAACUCGACUGCGGUGCGUUCCCGAAAUCCUACAUGGACACGUGUUCUUGUUGCCCACGGGGGAUCUUUGACAAGCACGAUACCGACACCAUCAACAACUACAGGAGUAUCGUGCUCAAGGACGACGAUUGCUGCAAGACCCACUGGACGAGGAAAGAGCGUUAUCAGAAAAUUAAAGCGAAAGUCGACAGAGCUGUUAAGAGGCACAAAAUAUUUCUGAUACGCGGUGAGUUACCGAAAUUGAAAGAAGCUCUGGAGAAAAGGGGUUGGGUGCAAAAAUACGAAGCUACGAAAACAAGAGCCGUACCUUAUGGUAGCGUAGCCAGCUUAGAAGCAAGAUCGUUGGGCGAUUUGACCCAAUCGGACGGUACCUUAAACGAGAAGGCGGUAAUUUUCGCUUUAUUACGUCACAAAUCGCCAGACUUUAUAUGGGACUGUCGGAACGACUUUGUCGAUUGGCAUCGUGGCUUGAGUAACAAUAUCAUUCUCAACAGAUAUCAAAAACCCUUCGUCUACACUUCAAAGCUAGGAAUGGCUCGUUUGUUGGAGGAAGCUCACUGGCUGUACGAGAAGGACGUGUCGUCGGUAUUAUUCCCUCGAAGUUACAACCUGAGCAGAGAGCCGAAAGCCUUUCUCGAUGAUUUUCGUUUGACCGCCGCCGCUGGUCUGUUGAAAUGGUUCGUCGGAAGAAUGCACGAUGGCCAGGGUUUCUCGGAGUCGGGACAUCGGCCGAUUCUAAUGAGUCGACUGGAGUUUGCCAUAAAACGCUGCGAGGAAUUUAUCGCCCGUGAAAUCCACCAAAACAUAGACAAAGACUUUGUGACCGAGUUUUCCGAAGAGGAAUGGAAUUCCUUUUUGGACGAUUAUACCGCAGCCGUGCACGAGGGAGCUGGAAUCGAGACCACCUCGGAAAAAAGUCGAGAUCAGCUACAAAAAUAUCUAGAGGCGACGAAUCCGAUACUGGCAAGAUUGAAAGAGAUAGAUCCGCAAUACGAAUUAAACGGAAUGAGAAAUAUAUGGAUAUUAAAACCGAGCGAACUUUGUUGCGGUACGGGAAUCAGCAUAUCUCACAGUUUAAAGGAUAUAUUUCGAAAGAUAAAAAGCAGACCAAAGGAUUACUUCAUUGUUCAGAAGUACAUUGAACGUCCGUUGUUGAUUCACGAUACGAAAUUCGACAUAAGGCAGUGGUAUUUGGUUACAAAUACAUUUCCCAUGACAAUAUGGGUGUUCAAGGAAGGACUCUUACGAUUCAGCUCGAAACCCUACACUUUCUCAACUUAUCACGAAGCGAUUCAUAUCUGCAAUACCGCCAUUCAGGAGAAAUACGACGAGGAGAGGAGGAGACGGAGAAAACGUGGAAAUUCGGAGGAAGUCGUAAAAUCGAUUCGCGAUCAAGGAUGGGACUGCGAGAAGCUGAACGAAUAUUUAAAGCAAACGGGGCUCGACGGCGAACCGUAUUACGACAAGAUCUAUACGAAAAUGUCGGAAGCCAUAGUUCUGACGAUGCUGGCCUCCCAGGAGCACAUGGACAGACGACGGUGUAGUUUCGAGCUAUACGGGGCCGAUUUCGUCGUGAUGGAGGACCUUUCGGUUUGGUUGAUCGAGAUCAACACGAAUCCCCGGAUGCAUCCUCCCAGCUCGAGAAUUACCAAACGCCUCUAUUCCAAUGUUCUCGAAAGCUUGGUGAAAGUGGUAAUGGAUGUACCGGUGAAUCCGGCAGCGGACACGGGUGGUUUCAGUCUGGUAUACAAGCAAAAUAUACCCGACUUCCGACCUUAUCUCGGUCCUUGCCUGUUCGUGUUUGGCAAGUCGAUAACGUUGCAAGAACAUCCGCGGAAACGAGAGAAGAGAAAGAAAGGAGGAACCGGUUGGGUGAAACAGCAGCAUCAGCAGCAACAACAACCCCGUGCGUGGACCGCCCCACCGAUGAUUCCACGAUUGAGGGAGCCGAAAAUAGUCGACUUUAUCGACUACUUGAACACCGCCCGCUGUACAGCCGCCAACUGAUAUUCCGCCGUUAAGUAGCUAUCGCGACAUUAGGCCGGUCGAUAUUCGAUUGAUCGUUGCGCGAUAUUUAAUAAAUCAAAAUGUAGGGGGCAAAGCGUAUCUUCUAGUUAAAACUCGUAAACGCCAGGUACACGCGAAGAAUCGCGGGAAAAUCGUUAAAGUUGCGACGACUCGGUUUUUUCACAGAGAGCCGAACAUCGAAACAAUUUUGGUAGAUGCGAUGGAGAUCGCGACCAGUUGAAAAAAACAACAAAAAGGUCUACUCUCUUUUUGCAGGAAGUUCCUCGUCACGAACGUUGCGUCAUAUUCAUAUAGCUUGGCGAUUUCGUCACGCUGGUGGUGGCGUAUGGAUGAAAAUUCUGUUACACGUUUUGUCGCAACCUAGGAUAUUCGGGCUGACUACGAUUUUACGAUUCUUCCUUGUUUACCCGGUUUGCUCGAGACCGCGUGCACGCGCAGCUUUCCAAGAAAAGUCAGCUGCACCCAACUGUAAUUAACGUACACAAGAUAAAAGAAAUAAUCGACUAUGCCAUUAACGAAUCGUCGUUUCUUACGUCGCUUCCUGUAAGAAAUACCGAUCCAUCGUAGUCGCUCGAGCUAAACAGACGAAUCCACUUUCCUCGUCAAACUCUUUCAUCGCUACUCGCGGUAUAGACGAAUGAAACGAUUCCUCGGGUUUCGUUCGAUUUGCGCGACCAAAUGCACGAUCCGUACCAAUUAUACGUUUCGGCGAGAAUCUAACCUGUCGCUUUUGUAACGCCAUGCAACGAAACCAAUGCCCGGAUUGUUUUUCAGAUAUAACAAGGUAGCAAUAACGGUUAAGUAACAAGUUCAAACCUUUGAACCGCCACACGGAAACUCCGUUGUACGAUUCAAUCACAUUUUUCAUUGAAAUAAACUAGCAAAGCGGAUUACAA